ACAUAUUAGACCAUUAACCGCACAUCCAGAUCUGUUGCCCAACGAGCAUCAAAUUCGAAAAGCGAUCGAUAGUUCGGAAUAAACGGUUUAUCAACGAUAAUGGUAUCCCGAUGAUGAGCUUUUGUUUGUACCAUGCUUCACCAGCAAAUCAGGGAAGACUUCAAUCCAUCGCGAGGAUCGCAAUGCUCUAUCCAAACGCUCCAUUAUACACACCUCCCCCAUUCGUUUAUUGGUCCCAUGAAAAGAUAGCAUUCCAAAGGUUCACGCUUGGGCUGCGGUUGAAUGGUUACACGGAAGAGUCCGAAAAGGGUGUAAGUUACGUCGGCGGCAAUUUUUAUAAAAUGAAGGUCCGUACGAGACCGAUGCUUGAAGAGCUCCAUCAAAUGUGCACUCAGAUUACCUGCAUGGAUGGCACUAGAAGA